UUGUGUCCUGUUUGGGAAGAAGAAACACGAACUAGACGCGCGCUUGGUUUUUGUUUACAUUUCGCGAGCUUCUGACUGACUUUAAUAACAAUAAGUGAAAAUAUUUUCGUCCUGUUAGCUAUAAAACAUUCCUGACCGCGUAAAUGUGUAGUAGGAAUAAGAGUGCGUAUAUGCAAGAUAAGUUUGUACAAUGCGUGAAUUAGCCUGCUAGUCACGUCAGUCUUACGUUAAAAGAAAGCUAUGCAUCUUCAGUGAAUAUUUGAGACUUCUCCGGAUCAGAUUAUGUUGAGUUAAUACGUGUUUCAAACUGGAUGUCUGUUCCCGGUGAUGGCAGGUUCAUCAGAUGACAGCGAGUGCGGAUCUGCUCUGCACGCGGCUCUGGAGCAGCUGCGGUCCGCAUACCCUCUUUCUCUAUCCCUAACCAGCCCGCUAUGCGUGGCCGUUAUCGCCGUCGAACGCUACCUGAGUCUACAUCCCACAUCUGACAGCUACAGCUACGACCUCACAGUCACGGAUGGGCGGUGGCGAGUCAAGUGUCACCUAGCGGAGAGUCUGACGCGGUGGGUACGGAAGGGCUCGCUGCGCUGCGGUGUCGAGGUUCAGCUGUCUCAGCUGUCAGUUGUCCACGAUGAGAAGAGAAUAAGUCACAGUUACCUGAGGAUAGACGGCAUCCACAGCAUCACGGAGAAACCUGAGAUGCUUGCGCGUAUUAAAGACGUGGAGAUGAUCCCGCAGUGGUGUCGGGAUGAUGUAAUGCGCACUAAUGGACCUCUGCAGCUGGGUAGAAAACAUUAUUUAUCCUUGUGGAUAAACGAUGAUCCUCACGGGAAUGUGUGGAUUCCAAACAGCCCGCCACCACACGUGGUAAUAGAUGUGUCUAAAAUCACUUUGCUUGCCGAUCUGGAAGCAAUAUUUCACAGCACCAAACGGCCUCUCCCACUGCUUGUUCGAAUUUUGCACAGAUCCAGAAUCCGGUAUUAUGGAAAACCAGGACAAAAUAUUGACUUCCCAUUUCAGGUGUAUUAUGAGGUGGCAGAUCAGAGCGGCAUUAUGUCAAUGGUGUUAUGGAACGAUCUUUGUCCUGAAUGGUUCCAUCGAUUAACGGUCGGCUCGGUUCUGUACCUGCAGCAGUUUUCUUUAAAGCCCAGUUAUCAGAAACGCUCGAGGCCACAGAUCAACACCCUGUCUCUCAUGGCGUUUCGCUCGAUUGAGAUUUCCUUGAAUCCCCGAAAUACUGGAACUGUAUUGACUGUGAUUCCACCAAAAUGUGUUCAGCCUCAGUGGGAUCUCCCUGAUGUCCCAUACAACUUUACCACAAGGUCAGAGGUUGAAGCGAACAAUAACCAUGCCUGUGACAUCAUUGGUCUGGUAACAUAUGUCGGACGGGUUGAACGGAUCAGGAGCAAGGAAAAGUCUGGACCUGAGAAGUUCUGGGCGUAUCGCUGGGUACAUGCAGUGGAUGGGACAUCUGACUCUCCCUUUAUCCUGGAGAUCUUUUCCUCAUCCCAGCCAGAGAUUUUUAACAAUAUCUGCCCAAUGACGUAUCUGGUGUGCACCCAGAUGAGGGUGUGUCGGGAGGCGGGCCGUUUUGUCUAUCUGACCAGUAGCACAGAAACUCAGCUUUUCAUUACAGGAUGUCACAAAAAGCAGCCAUAUGUCAAUGAGCCAAAGGUAAAAGCUUUCAUCCAGUGGACGAAGACACUUAAAGACAGCGUCAUGCUGCAGAAGACUGCCAUCGGAGGAUAUUACAGCUACCCUCCUGCCCCACCCACCUUUACACCAACCACCAAUAACAACACAGCCAAUGAGACUUCAAUUACAGCAGUCGCUGAACUGAAAGGGGAGCUAGAGGGAAUGCAGUAUAGGGAGCACAAGAGACUCGCCGUACAGGGCUAUGUGGCUGCUGUGCAGUACCACAUCUGGCCACCAGAGGAUCAACAGCCUGAAGUCAGCAACGCUGUACAAAGUCACCAACAGCAAGGUGUCAGUAAAGUGUUACGGCAUCACACUCCAAGGAAAGAAAGGUCUGUGAGGGAACUGGAAUCAACCUCCUCUGAUUCCGACACUACAGUUCCACCCAAACGCAAGAGAGUUCAGACAAGAGCAUUCCAGCGUCAGUAUUUCACUAGAUCCAAAGUACAUUCAAAGUCUGACAGGCCGGUGGACUUUACCUCUAAUGACGAUGAGGAAGAAGAGCAAACUGAUAAAGGGGAGUUGGAGGAAGAGGAGUCUGACAGUGAAUAUGUCAGCCAGUCAUCUGUAUCAGAGGACGAUCAGAGGUUGACCUGCCCUCCAGACACAGAAGCAGCAGCAAGCCACCCCGCUGCAUUGUGGGAAAGCGGCAUGUGGGCAUUAGUGAAACAGGAAGUGACGGAUCACAUCCCUUGUGGCAAAUUGGAUCAAGAAAGCCUAACUGAAAAAUUUCACUUUGAUGACCGAGAGAUUCUGCAUCAUUACUUGAACCUGAGUCCAGCCAAAUGGACCCCAGAUAUCAUCUCACAGAUACAUACCCAUACACCUGUGGCCUGCACUGGCUACUUCACACUCACAAUACUGGGGCUGAAUCAAAAGGCUGCAGUAGAUAUUCAGUUUUUGCCUGUCGUUUCCCCUGAUGCCCCCCAAGCUGCUGGAGUUCAGCAUAGUCAACAUGACAACUCACUGCUGUCCUGCUUGACAACGGGACACCUGUGUGUUCAGCCUGAUGGUACCUGUCCUGCUCCAGGGUCAUUGAUGAAUUCAGCCCCUCAGCUGGAGUCGGAGCGAGUGGUGUGUAUUGUUGAUCUAUGUCUGCUUGGAGAGGGCAGAGUAGAAAUGAUCUGCUCUAAAUUGUACAGCACAGCAGACAUCCAUCAGCCCGACAGCGCUUAGAGACGCCACGUGUCACAAAAAUCAUGUAAAAAAUAUGUACGUAGAAAUGCUGGUCAGUGAUGAUGCUAAUCUCAGUUUAGGGCUGAGAAAGUGAUUUUAUGUUUUGAAUAGGCCAAAAGUUUACUUUUGUUAAAUUA